AUGAAAAUCUCCGAAACAGACGGUAACGACGGCGACGAUCGGCGUCUCAGUCUCAUCGAUAUUUCUUCCGCUGACGAUUCUCUCAUCGUCAAUCCGUUUUGUACUUCGAAUUCGAAAGAUGAAUUCGACGAUGCUGCCACCAAAAUCAACGAGUGGGAGCGGGAACCUCGUCCAAUUGCGGUCGAAAAUACUAAGUGCAAUUUGCGUCAGAGUUUGGCUUGGGAUACGGCUUUUUUCACAAGUCCUGGUGUUUUGGAACCUGAGGAGUUGAGUAGUAUGAUUGUGGGUGUUGAGAAGGGUGAUAAGCGCACAUCAUCGCUACCGGCGAUUCAAGAGGAUGUAAAGGGAUCGUGUGAGUCCGUCUCUACCUUUAAAAGUAACAAUAGCUUGAUCAAGGAAGGUGUAGAGGAUGAUCUGUUUCGAGAUGUAAGAGCUUCGAUUAAGAACUUCAGCAGGAUGGCCGAUGUGGCAAGGUUAAACAGAAAAGUUAUACCCGAGUUCCAUCCUGGUGGCUCUUCUAAAGUGGUUGGCAAGGCUUCUUGUAAGAAGGUCACAAGUUCCAAGAGUCCAAGUGCAAGCAUGCAAAGCACAGGGAAAUUACCAAAGAAGAAUCCUAUUUCUCCACACCUAUCACGGAAACCUGUUGCUAGAAGGGAAGAGACAUGUAUUUCAAAGCAACGAAAGACACUAGGAAAGUCUAGUCCGAGUUCAACAAUAUCAUCCAAUAGAAGUUCCAUUGGCGAUCUUCAUGUCAAAAGCGAAAAGGACAGGGCAAAUAAUAAAAAUUGUGGUAAGGUCGAUUCUGUUAUGAACACAAUUGUCGUUAAGGGUUCUCAAGUUAAUGGGGUUAAACCCAUCACAUUGUCCAAAUCCUCAUUAGGCCGACCAGGUGCUACAAAAGCAAAAUCAACAAUUUGCUCAUCUUCCAGUAGCAACUUAUCCUGUAUUAGUAAUAGUAGCAAAUCACCAUCGAAUUCCUUGAAGAGAAAAGUUGAUGCUGGAACCAAAAAAUCACCCUCUUUCUCAGUUUUCAGAACACCAUCAAGAAUUGCUUCGAGAGAUAAAAUUGGGUCUAGCAAUUCUAGUCUUUCAGGCUUGGUGUCUGUCACCAAGUUCUCUUCUAGCAUUUCGCCUGCCAGCUCUAUUAGCGAUCGGUCUUCCGAGUCAUCGUCACCAUCAACUUCUAUGACUAAAGUUAGGUCUAACAGUUCAAGGACUACCUUUCACAGUAGCUCUAGUAAAAAGCAUUUACCAGGGAAUAAUGCUCAACAUGUUUCAAAUUCUCAAAAAUCUCAAACUGGUCCAUGCUUAGAAGGGAAUGAGGCUAGGAAUGCUGGAUCCAUCAGCCAGAGUGUAAGGGGGGCUACUGCCACAGGAAUGGUUCUUACCCACUCUCCCAAGAAAUCUUUAGGCCUUCAACGGCCAUCACCCAAGAUUGGCUUCUUUGAAGGGGUGAAACCCUCUGUCCGCAAUCCACAUGAAGGGAUGCAACCACGCACUACUGUGCCACAAGGUAGGGCCAGUUCUUCUGAAGGCCUAAACAAAGGAAAGCUUGGAAAGCUGCAAUCACCAAGAUCAAUCAAAUCAAAUAAAAACAAAGUGUUCAAUAACCAGCAAGUGUUGCAUCAAGGUACUCUUAAGAAAUCACCAGAUGUUGGAAAUAAAACUUCUACGGCUUUGCAGCAUGUAGAAAACUCAGCUGUUGUGCCCAUGGAGGUUCAAAACAAAACGCAUCUUAAAACUGACGCGGGUAAUUUGGAUGCCAAUAAUACCAUGGUUGAAAGGCACCUUAUAGAUGCUAAUUAUCUAAAACGUGGCUUGACACAGGAAAAGUCUAAUUAUGAUGAUCAAGUUGAUUGUUUGAGCAGACAAGUUGAGCUUAUGGAUAUAAAUUUGAAGACACAGACAUAG